AGGAAACACCAAAUUAAACAAAAACACUAAUUAACACCACAAUAAAUGUCUCAAACAUGUCAGCUUCUGAUCGUCAAUUCAAUUAUCCUCUCACUUCUUCUCUGUUCUUCUGAUGCGUCGCCGCUUCAUUCUUUUUCUUCUUCAGGAUCACGCCGAUCGAUCCUGAGAGAAAUAAUAAGCAGUGCAACUGUUGCUGAUAAGCCCAGGAAUGAUUAUGCUGUCGAUUUGAAUGUCUCCAUUUUCGAUUCUGUUCUGAGAGACAGUCCUGCUUCUUUUGCCAUUGUUGAAUUCUUCGCUAACUGGUGCCCUGCUUGCCGUAAUUAUAAGCCUCAUUAUGAAAAGGUUGCGAGGCUUUUCAAUGGACCUGAUGCAGUACAUCCAGGUGUUUUGUUGAUGGCAAGGGUGGAUUGUGCACUGAAAAUAAAUACUAAACUUUGUGAUAAGUUUUCUGUGAGUCACUAUCCAAUGCUAUUUUGGAGUGCACCUGCCAAUUUCGUAUCUGGUAGUUGGGGACCUAAAGAGGACAAAAAUGAAAUACGUGUAAUUGAUGACGGACGGACAGCUGAACGGUUGCUUAGUUGGAUCAACAAGCAAUUGGGAAGGUCAUAUGGGUUGGAUGAUGAAAAGUUUGAAAAUGAGCAGCUUCCAUCAAAUACAUCAGACCCCGGACAGAUUGCGCGUGCUGUGUAUGAUGUUGAGGAGGCAACAGCCAAUGCCUUUGAAAUUAUUUUAGAACACAAGAUGAUUAAAUCAAAAACUCGGGCUCCACUUAUUAAAUUCCUUCAGCUUUUAGUGGCACAUCAUCCUUCUAAGAGGUGCCGGAAGGGAAGUGCAGAAGCACUUAUAAAUUUUGAUGACCAGUACCCGCCUGGUGGCAAAGAGGAUGUUGGUGUGUUGAGCACAUUCCAAAUUUGUGGUAAAGAAGUUCCUCGGGGAUAUUGGAUGUUUUGCCGUGGGAGCAAGAAUGAUACUAGGGGCUUUAGUUGUGGAUUAUGGGUUCUUCUACACUCGCUAUCUGUCAGGAUUGAUGAUGGGGAGAGCCAGUUUGCCUUCACAGCUAUAUGUGAUUUUGUCCAUAACUUCUUCAUUUGUGAGGAGUGUCGCCAGCAUUUCGUUAAAAUGUGUUCAAGCAUUGAUCGUCCUUUGAACACAUCCCGUGAUUUUGCCCUAUGGUUGUGGGAGACACAUAACAAAGUGAACAGAAGAUUAAUGAAUGAAGAAGCAUCUCUUGGAACUGGUGAUCCCAAGUUUCCAAAGAUAAUUUGGCCUACGAAACAGCUAUGCUCUUCAUGCUAUCGCUCUAAUCACCGGAGAGAAGAUGGCGAGAUUGAUUGGGACAAAGAUGAGGUCUAUAGAUUCUUGACUGAUUAUUACGGCAAAACCCUUGUAUCUCUAUACAAAGACAAGGGUCUUCUGGAGGGCGAAGUAGCUGAUGGGGCUAGCGAAGAAUUGGUUGCCUCAACAAAUGCAGUUGUCGUGCCGGUUGGAGCUGCAUUGGCAAUUGCGCUUGCUAGCUGUGCAUUUGGAGCACUUGCCUGUUACUGGCGAUCUCAGCAGAAGAGUCGGAAGUAUUACCAUCAACUACACUCUUUAAAGAACAUAUGAUAUAUAGGAGGGCAGUUUGCUUUUUUCAAAAAAUUAUUAACAUAUAACAUCAAAAGGAAAAGAACAAAGAAAAGAAAAAGUAAAAAAACGAGAGAAGGAAGUUGAGUGAGAGAUUGAUUUAAUAAGUAGGAGGUAAGUUUUCUUAUUUCUUUUCAUUCCCCAAUAUUUCAGGCCAAGAAGAAAGCUGGAACUAUCUUAGUUAGGAGGACGAAAAUCAUUCACUGCCGUUAGGCUGCUCAGCGGUGUGAUUUCAGUCUCAUAGAAUUCCAGAUUACAAAAUUACAAGCCUUGCUUUGAGGUCUUCUCUUGUACCCUUUUUCCAAAAUUUUCCUUAAAAGUAUAUUUGGGAUUGUACAGAUUAUACCAUACUCAUUAAUUUGGAAGAUGAUUGAUUGCCUUUUUAUAAUUUUCAUUG